AUGGAUAGCAAUCAUUCAAAUAAUAUCAUACCAGUCGGUACGUAUAAUGUUCAUAUUGGAUAUGAUCUUCUACAAUUACUGCCAGACUAUGUUUUUAAAUUAACACCAUCUUCUUACAAAUAUGUGUUGAUAACGGAUGAAAAUUUAUUCAAAUUAUAUGGCGAAACAAUCAUUACUAGUUUUAAAGUGAAAAAUGUCAACAUACUUCAUUACACUAUUCCGCCAAGUGAAUCUAGUAAAAGUCGAGAACAAAAGGCAAAUAUUGAAGACUUCAUGUUUGACAACAAUUGUAAUAUAGAUACUGUGAUAUUAGCGCUUGGCGGUGGUGUUGUAGGUGAUUUAGCUGGUUUUGUCGCUUCAACGUAUAUGCGUGGCAUUGGUUACAUUCAGAUUCCCACAAGUCUUUUAGCAAUGAUUGAUAGCAGUAUUGGUGGCAAAACGAGUAUUAACGUAGAAAAAUAUGGAAAAAAUCUACUUGGAUCAUUUCAUCGUCCCAAGGCUGUAUUGAUCGACAUUCGGUUCUUGGAGACAUUAUCAGUAAGAGAUUUAUGUAAUGGAAUGGCUGAAGCUAUAAAGAUGGCGUUGAUUUGUGACGAACAGUUGUUUACAUUUAUUGAAACCAGUAUCGAUAAAAUUCUAAAUAAGGACACAAAAGUUAUGAUAAAACUUAUAUAUGAGUGUGUGAAAUUGAAAGUGAAUAUUGUGAUUCAAGAUGAAAAAGAAACGUCUGGUUUACGUUCAGUUUUAAAUUUUGGACACAGUAUCGGACAUGGCAUUGAAAUAUUAUUAAAUGGAAAGUUAUUACAUGGUGAAUGCGUGUCGAUCGGUAUGGUAUUAGAAGCAGAAUUAGCCAGAAAUAAAGGCUUUUUGAUGAAUUCAAAUAUUGUUAUGUGCCGUUUAAACAAUAUGUUGAAAUCUUUUCAUUUACCAACAAAACUGCCGUCUAAUUUAUCUAUUCACGAUAUAGUUGAAAAGAUGGCAAUUGACAAGAAAAAUCGAAAUGGUAAGAAACAACUUGUUAUACUAACCAAUAUUGGCUCAGUUAAAUCGUCACCAAGCUAUACAACAAGUAUUGAUGAUCAAGACCUCAUUAAUCAAUUGGAUACAAAUGUGACGUUAGUUGCAGAUAACAUGACAAGUAGUGCAGGAACGGUAUAUGUGCCGGGUAGUAAAAGUAUAUCAAACAGAGUUCUUAUAUUGUGUGCAUUAGGUAUCGGUGUAAGUCGAAUACACGGUCUACUCUAUUCAAUUGAUACUCAAACAAUGUUAACUUGUUUACGUCAAUUAGGUGUACAAUAUUACUGGGAUAAAAAUGAAAUUCUAAUCAUUCAUGGAACAGGUGGCAAAUUAACUUUAACAGAUUUAUCAACGUUAUAUUUAAAUAAUUCUGGUACAUGUAGUCGAUUUUUAACAACGUUAUGCACAAUUUUACCCGAUAGAACUGAAAUAAUUUUAACUGGUGAUGAGCGAUUAAAAGAGCGUCCAAUCAAAGAUUUAGUUGACACUUUAACUCAGAAUAAAAAUAAUAUUGAAUAUUUGAACGAACAUGGUCAUUUACCAAUUAAAAUCAGCAGCAAUGGUCAAUUUAGAGGUGGAGAAAUAACAAUUAAUGGGGAUGUGUCAUCACAAUAUGUGACGAGCCUUUUGUUAAUGUCACCAUUUGCUUCAAAGUCCGUUGUCUUAAAAUUAAAUCAAGCUAAACAAAUUGUUAGUAAACCAUACAUCGAUAUGACAAUUGAACUGAUGAAAACUCAAUUCAGCAUUGCAGUCGAUGAUAGUGAACCCUUCUCGUAUACUAUACCCUGCACUGGGCCUUAUCAAAAUCCGUCUGAAAUACAAAUUGAAGGUGAUGCCUCGUCAGCCAGUUAUUUUCUAGCAAUAGCCGCCGUCCAUCCUGGUUUAACAGUAACCGUAGCCAAUAUUGGUUCGAAUAGUUUGCAAGGAGACAGUCAGUUUUGUCGAAUAUUGGAGAUGAUGGGAUGCCAUGUUACACAAACUGAAACAACAACAACACUAACUGGUCCCGAACAGUUGCAAGCCAUUGCAGAUGAGAUUGAUAUGAAUAAGAUGACAGACACAUUUAUGACAUUAGCGUGUGUUGCCGUAUUUGCUCAUGGUCGAACACGAAUAAGAAAUAUAUCGAAUCAACGUUUGAAAGAAUGUAACAGAAUUGAAGCAAUGGUAACGGAAUUGCAAAAAUGUGGCAUUAGUGCCUCAGAAGUCGAGACUGGCUUAGAUAUAGAAGGUAUUAAUAAUCAUAAUAUAGAACAAUCAGCCAUAAUCCAUUGUUAUGAUGAUCAUCGUAUUGCUAUGUCAUUUUCUAUAGUUAGUAGUCGUUGUAAAAACAUUAGUAUUGAUGAUAAAUGCUGUGUGGAUAAAACAUAUCCAGAAUUUUGGUUGCAACUAGAAAAGGUGUUUGGCUUUAAAGUUACAUCACCAAUGUUAAUCUUAGAUGAAACUGUAUUGAACACUAAAAAAAAUUCAAACAUCAGAAUAUUUUUGAUUGGUAUGCCAUGUUCGGGUAAAUCAACAAUUGGUCGAUUUAUUGCUAACAAAUUAAAAUAUUUAUUUAUUGACGUCGAUAAAGAAAUUGAUAAAGAAAUCCAUGGUAGUUCUAUUAAAGACUAUAUUAAUCAAAAUGGAUGGCAAAUAUUUCGUUCAUUAGAAUUAAAAGUAUUUAAACAGAUUGUACAAAAAACAUUAUUAUGCAAAGAACAUGUUGUUGUUUCAUGUGGUGGAGGUUGUAUUGAAACAGCAGAAGUUCGAGAUGAAUUAUGUAAACAACCAUAUGUUAUUUAUAUAAAUCGUGAUUUAGACGACAUAAAAAUGGACUAUUUAAAAUGUACAAGUAAUGAUCGACCACAUCUUGAUUUAAAUGAAAAAUUACAAGAGCGUAAAGUUUAUUAUCGUCAAUGUUCAAAAUAUGAAUUUUGUCUAUUAAAAAAUGAACAAAAUUGGAGAACAAAUGAAAUAAAUCUUUUAUCAUUUAUCAAAACAAUUGUAGCUAAAAAAACACAAUUACCAAUAUCUGAGAAUAGUUUUUUCAUAUGUUUAACAUAUAAAAAUCUAUUAAAUGUUGACAAAGAUCGAUUUCUAUCUGUUAUUCAUGGAUGCGAUGCAAUUGAAUUACGUGUUGAUCUAUUAGAAUCGUAUGAUAUUGAUUUCAUUGGUCAACAAUUAGCUUAUAUAAGAAAACAUACCCAUUUACCUAUCAUUUAUACAGUAAGAAGUCAAAUGAAUUAUGGUACAUUUAAUAACAAUGAAGUAGAGAUUUUUCAAUUAUUAAAUUAUGGUAUCAAAUUUGGAUGUGAAUUUAUCGAUAUGGAAGCUAAUUGGAGUAAGGAUAUAAAAAAUAAUUGGUUAAAAACAAUCAAAAAUAAACAUUCAUAUGUCAUUGGUAGUUUACAUUUGAAAUGGUCCGUAUUCGAUUUUAAUCAACUUAUUGACAAGUGUACACAUAAUGGUCAAGUUGAUAUAAUUAAAAUUGUCAUUGAUACUGAUAAUAGUAAUUCAACAACUGAUGAUAUGUUAGAUAUUUUUACUCAACUAAAAAAAUCACAAAAACAGCCUGAUGAACCAAAACGUAUUGUAUUCUUAAUGGGUAAUCGAGGAAAAUUGACACGUGUAUUGAAUACAUUUAUGACACCCGUUACUCACGAAUUAAUACCUAGACCAGCUGCCAAAGGACAGUUAACAGUAAAACAAAUUCAAGAUAUUCGACAUACAUUAGGUUUAAUUGAAUCGAAACAAUUUUAUCUGUUUGGUAGUCCUAUUCAACGUUCAUUAUCUCCAUGUAUUCAUCAAACUGGUUUUGAUUACUUUUAUUUACCCUAUAAUUAUGAACGAUGUGAAACAAAUGAUGUGACAGUCGUUCAAAAUAUUAUGAAGCAAUCGAAUUUUGGUGGUGCUAGUGUAACAGUACCGUUGAAACAAGAUGUUUAUAAAUUAUUUAUAUCAGAUACUAAUUAUAGUGUAAGCGAUUCAGUGAAAAAAAUUGGUGCGGUUAACACUAUAACAAAACUUGAAAAUGGAGGAUUUUAUGGUGACAAUACAGACUGGAUAGCUAUUCAUAAAUUGAUAACUGAAACAUUAUUUACUAAGAGUUCAGUACUUGUUAUCGGUGCUGGUGGUACGGCACGUGCUGUGUUAUAUGCACUGGAACAAAUUGAAUAUAUUCAAUUUAUAUACUUGUACAAUCCUCGUACUCCCGAAAAUGCAAUUCGUUUAGCAAGUACGUAUAACAAUCAGAAUAUUUUACCUGUUACAAAAGACGAUAUUAACAAUCUGAAAAAUGUUUGUAUUGUCAUUAACACUUUACCAUCGUCAAUUAAUUUUACGUUAGAUAAUUUAUUUUUCGAGCAACACAGUUCUUCAGCAGAACAUCGUUCAGUAUUAUACGACGUCAAUUAUAUACCGUACGAAACAGCAUUGACAAAACAAGCCAAACAAUAUAAUUGGACUAUUAUCUAUGGUAUUGAUAUGUUAAUCGAGCAAGGUUUAGAACAAUUUCAAAUAUGGACAGGGAAAGCGACCACAGUCGCCCCAAUAAUAAGACAAACUGUGCUCAAAGCAUAUCACGAAGUCAUCGAUCACAAUGAGUAA